CUCUCUACUCGUCGCAGUUGGAACGUGAUAAAAGUGAAAAAAAAAAACAAAACAUUAAACGGAAUAUCCUUUGGAAUAUAAAUAUAUAGUAAUAAACAAAUAAAAAUGUGCAAAUUGAGCUUGUGUCUGUUGGUUGCCAUCUUUGGCUUUCUGAUCGCUGGCAGCUUGGCCGGUGUUAAUCGUGAUUCCUAUGUGCAUCGUGACAUUAUUGUGGUCAAGGAUGUGCGUGACUUUGCCGCCAAGCAUCCGGGUCUCAAAUUGCAGCGUAUGGAUCGUCAACCUGUCUCGGCUCGUGCUGCUGCUGCACAAUCGGUGCGUUACACACUCGGAGCACGUAUCACAGAUGACAGAUUGGUUGCCCAGAACGCCGAUGUUUUCAACUAUGCGUCGAGCAACGAUGUCAGUCUUCAGGUGACUUACCCCGAAACGGGCACCGGUGCCAUUGUCACCUACGUUGAGAUCGUCUGCACCCAGGACAACAAUGAGGGCAAUGCCUUUGUGAUUGCCGGCGGCAUUGGACAGCGUUUCAUCUCCAUACUGAUUGAGGCCAAGCAGACGAAUUCGUUUGCUUAUCAGGCUUUGUACUAUGGCGUCGAUUAGAAAACUAUUCGCCGUAAUCAAUCUUGAAUUUAUGUUUUUCUUUGAUUUAAUAUAUAUGUAUGUAUAUA